AAUGAAUCGCUCAGUUGUUUCACUUCCGCGGUCUGCUUCUCGGUGACGUUUUUGCGUCAUUCUAUAAAACACGAAAGGCAGGGUUUUCUGGAACAGUACAGAUGUCCAAAUUGAAAAAAAUCACAGCCUUGUUCUUAAGAGGAUGAAGAAAGUAGAUCUAAAACAAAACAUGGUGACAUUUUCUGCGUAGCUCCAGGACGGGAUUGAACAACACAUCUCAUCUAGGGAUCUUUAGAGGAUUAUCGGCUGCCUCCUCUACAGGUAAACACCUAAACGGCUUCGAAGCAGAAGGAUGGAUUUAUAAAUCUGUUUACAAAUAGAUAGAUUAUACACUAUCAUUUGAAGCGUCAAGAUGCCAGUGGACAGAAUGAGAAUGCGCCCCUGGUUGGAGCAACAGAUCGAGAGUGGGCAAAUUCAAGGUCUACACUGGGUCAAUGAGGAGAAAAGGAUAUUUCAGAUACCAUGGAUGCAUGCAGCCAGACAUGGAUGGGAUUUAGAAAAGGAUGCACCUUUAUUUAUGAACUGGGCCAUUCACACAGGAAAGUAUCGUCCAGGUAUUGACAAACCAGACCCUAAGACGUGGAAGGCAAAUUUCCGCUGUGCUAUGAAUUCUCUUCCAGAUAUUGAGGAAGUGAAAGAUAAAAGCAUGAAGAGAGGAAGCAAUGCCUUCAGAAUGUACAGAAUGCUUUCCUCAUAUGAAAAAGCUGUUAAGAAAGGGAAAAAAAAGAUGGACCUGGGGCAAAAAGCAAAAAGGGUUUUUCAGAAACGGAAAGCUGGCAUUCCCAGAAAAUAUAAAAUGAAAAAAGAACAAAGUGAAGAGAACUUAAUGGAAGAAACUACACCAGACAGCACUGUGCUAUUUACUGAGCAGGAGCGCUUCUCUGUACCCAUGUCAUGUGUGAGGGAGAUGGCUGUAGCUGAAAUACCUGAUGUGUGUGCAGUUAUUGAGGUGGCAACGGAGAAUGCAGAACCUGUGUUUAGCUCCACUGAAGAGUGUCUGCCUCUCCAGGACUCCCAUGUUUCAUCCAACAGUGAGAGUGACACAGAGAGCACAUACAGUGAGGAAGACUUAGUACAGCUUCCCCAGGACUUGUCUUUAAAAGCAUCACAAAGAUCAGCAUGUAAUUCUGUGUUAAGGAUCCCAUCAUCAGCUCAAUCCUCCCCAAACACAUUUUUCAUGUCAACAAAAAUCAAUUUCAAAGUGACCAGCUCCAGAGAGGACUCGCCCCUAUUUGCAUACAACACUCCUCCAUGGUUCCCCUGCCUGUCUAAUUUCCAAAAAGUCACAGACAAAGAACCCUCGAACACUUCCCCCUCACCAGAUUUCAGCAGAAGCCCGUCUUCUCAGGCAAGUGUGAUCGCUAAAGCUGUGGACCUCUCUGUUGCAAAACACAAAACACUACAGUGAAGACACUUGAAAUGUACAACCUGCUGCUGUCUAGCUGAUAUACCUACAACCCAUUUUUCAACAUUAAUCAAGUACUCUCAGGUGCAAGAUUUCCCUCAAAUAUUUUCUUGUAUUCGUGUUCAGGUUUUAAUACCAAAUCCGUUAUACAAUAAUAUUUCUAAAAUAUUUUGCAACACCCUACCUCAUUCUCAUAACAGUGUUAAAUAUGUAACUUGUAUAACUACCUCACAAAUGUGACACUUAAUCACAGAAGUUGUCAGUGUAAGCUAGUAAUAAUGCAGCACUGGGAGAAUAUGCUUGUAUUCAUUUUGCAUUGGAGUGACAUUUCAUACUUGUUGACAGCAGAUGUAAUUAAAUGAAUUAAAUAGAAGCGUUACUUGGGAAUUUUUAAGGGGAAUUUGCAUGUAUAUUUUUCUACAGGGUACUGUAGCACAAUGAUGAGCAUUUUCUUAAAGAAAUGCUUAAGGUUUUGUACAUUUUCAUAUGAAAUUGUCAUGUCUGAAUGCAUUGAUUUGAUUGCAGAACAACAGAAUUAUUGAACGGUCAAACCUGGAAACAUUAUGUUUUACUUGAGGUUUAGCUCUCCAAUGUCCACAAGGUUAUAAAUACUUGAAUAGGGACUCACUAAUUCGAGUUGUGUAUUAACUUGUCAAAACAUUCUAACUUGUGUUCUGAAAGCCUGUUGUUUCCAUGUAAGUAGAUUUUUGCUUUAGUUUUUGUAUUAACGUUUUCUUUUUCACUAAAAGUCACUAAUUUUCAUAGUGAACAACUGCAGCACAGAGAUGUAAAAGCAUAUAUAAAAACAGGUUUAUUGUAGUGUCAUAUUGAUUAAAAGAAUUACACAAUACAAAAUCUUUUCAAUACUCAUUUGUUUUUGUAUGAUGUACAUUAAAACAGUGGUUCAAAGUGUUAGUAGUGGUACUAGUUUAAAAAGAUGAAUGUGCAGUAGAGAAGCAAAUCUCUUGUUGCUGCAUCUUACCAUAAAUUUACAAUAGACGAAUAAGACAAAAUUCUUUACAAAUCAAGACUGUAUGUGUGCAUGCAAUGGCCUAAAUGAUAAAUUGCAUUCUUGGUUAUCUCCUAUUGAGAUUUUCAUUCUUCAUGUCAUUUGUCUAUGAUUUCGUUUGUAAUUAUACAAGGCUAAAGGUGUGCAAUUUCAUGUUAUUAAUUGUGCCAAGCACCCUGACAAAACUUUGUGCAUCUAUAACAAGCUUAUUAUAAUACUCCCUGCUCAAUGCCAAGUAUGUUUCACUGCACUAAGAACUUAUAACAACAACUAAUCUAAAACAUCAGAAGUAACUUCAAAUUCUGUAGAUGUUCUGUAGAUUCAAGUAGAU